UCCAUGUGGCACUCAUGAAGAUGAGGCUGCGGACGCGGAAAGCUUCCCAGCAAUCCAGCCAGAUCCACGGCCAGCGCGCCCUGAGGGCCAAGAGGAGACACUCGGAGGUGGAUGAGAGCCUGCCCGGAGGCGGAGGAAAACCCCCCAAAAAUGAAACCGGCCUGUUGUCUUCAAUCAAAAAGUUCAUCAAAGGAAGCACACCCAAGGAAGAAAGAGAAAAUCCUGCAAAAAGAAGUAGAAUUGACCGGGAUAUCGAUAACAACUUGAUCACAUCCACACCUCAGACAGGAGAAAAGCCUAACAAACAGAUCUCUCGAGUGCGGCGGAAAAGUCAGAUGAAUGGAGAAGCUGGAAGCUAUGAAAUGACGAACCAACACGUAAAGCAAAAUGGAAAAUUGGAAGAUAAUCCCACCACGGGCAGUCCCCCACGAACCACGUUACUGGGAACCAUAUUUUCUCCUGUUUUCAAUUUUUUUUCACCAGCAAAUAAAAAUGGAACGUCGGGCUCGGAUUCCCCAGGCCAGGCUGUGGAGGCUGAGGAGAUCGUGAAGCAGCUCGACAUGGAGCAGGUGGACGAGAUCACCACGAGCAGCGCCACGUCCACCAACGGGGCAGCGUACGCCAGCCAGGCCGCGCCGGGCAGAGCCAGCGUCAACAACGGCCUGGAGGAGGUGGAGGAGACGAGCGACCGGGACCUGCCGCCGCUGACGGCACCAGUAUCUCCAGACAGUGGCUACUCAUCAGCCCACGCAGAAGCCACCUAUGAAGAAGACUGGGAAGUCUUUGAUCCGUAUUACUUCAUCAAACACGUCCCACCGCUAACAGAAGAGCAGCUCAACCGGAAGCCGGCUCUGCCACUGAAAACGAGAAGCACACCAGAGUUCUCAUUAGUUCUAGACCUGGAUGAAACAUUAGUGCACUGUAGUCUAAAUGAAUUAGAAGAUGCUGCACUCACUUUUCCAGUUCUUUUUCAAGAUGUCAUUUACCAGGUUUAUGUCCGGUUAAGGCCAUUCUUCCGAGAAUUCCUGGAACGUAUGUCUCAGAUUUAUGAGAUCAUUCUUUUUACUGCUUCUAAGAAGGUGUAUGCAGACAAGUUAUUGAACAUACUAGACCCUAAAAAGCAACUGGUCAGGCAUCGACUUUUCCGCGAGCAUUGCGUUUGUGUACAAGGAAAUUACAUCAAGGAUUUAAACAUUCUUGGUAGAGAUCUCUCCAAAACCAUCAUCAUCGACAAUUCACCGCAAGCCUUUGCUUAUCAGCUCUCCAAUGGAAUUCCUAUAGAAAGCUGGUUCAUGGAUAAAAAUGACAACGAGCUCCUAAAAUUGAUUCCGUUUCUGGAGAAACUCGUAGAGCUGAACGAAGAUGUCCGACCUCACAUCAGAGACAGAUUUCGCUUGCAUGACUUGCUACCCCCCGAUUAAAGCCUUUGUCCGAUCGCUGCAGGGGGAGAAAAUGCAGGACCCUUUCGGACUGAAACAAAACAUUGCCAUUACUGUUGAAAUUUUGCAUUUUUGUACCCCGUCUUGCUUUUCUUAUCUUUGGUGCCCAACAAUAAUCAAGGGUUACAGAAAGAGACUCUGGCAUUCAGCGCAGUACAGUACACACCGUAGGUAGGCUAGAACAGAAGAGGCUUUAGAACUAGUGCGACUCAAGGCGAUUUUUUAUGUACAGGACAUCUGCAGUUUAUACAGAAUUCUGUUUCUGCCACCAGCAGUUUGACCUGUAGAAACACAGGAUUUUAUGAUACAACAGAGAUCGAAAAUGGACUCUUGUUUUCUCUCUGUUUGGUGCUCUAAGUGGGUUUGUAGCCACUUUUCUGUUACUUUUCAGAUUCUCAUUUCAACAGGAAUGGCCAGUACAAGUUGUUUUAUUUUUCCUGUUAAGGUUUAUAACCUUUUUACAUUUUUGACCUGUAUUAGAUUAGAAUUUCAUUAUGCAUUCCUUUUAGUUGAGGCGCUUCAUAGUUUUUCUGGAAAUAGCCAAAUUUUCUUAGUUUUUUUUAUUAAACAGUUGGAUGGCCGUUUUCCUGCUUCGUCUGCCUGCAUACUGUAUAUUUGUUUAAAAUACUCUCUAG